UCCUCUCCUCUCCUCUCCUCUCACAGCAGAGCGCGCGUGUGAUUUGACAGUCGCAUCUCUCCGCGCGCGCGUGUGUGUGUAUGUUUACGAUCGUCGUGCUCCACGUGCUGCGUGUGGAUGCGCUCCUCGCGCGCUGUCGGUAACAGAAACCAUGACUGGCGCGCCGCGCGACCCCUUCUACUCAUCUCCGUUCGGUCCGUUUUACCGGAGACACGCGCCCUACCCGGUGCAGCCGGAGUUCCGGAUGCACGAGCUCAACAAACGGCUCCAGUCCCGGCCUGAGGACUGUGAUAUUCUGUGGUGGGAUGCAUUCUGCACUGAGUUCUUUGAAGAAGACGCCACACUGACUCUCUCAUUCUGCCUGGAGGAGGGGCCAAAGACAUACACCAUCGGGCGCACCCUGAUCCCUCGUUACUUCAGUUCUCUGUUCGAAGGAGGAGUCUAUGAGUUGUUUUUCGAGCUGAAACAAACAAAGGAGUCAUUCAACAACUCAACUAUUACUGUCGACUCUCAUCACUGUACUAUGACAACACAACACGGCAAACCUACGUUCACUAAGGUGUGUACAGAAGGCCGUCUAAUUCUUGUGUUCACCUUUGAUGACCUCAUGAGAAUCAAAACAUGGCACUUCACUAUCACACACUACAGUGAACUCAUUCCUCGCAGUGUCUUGGCUGUAAAUGCACAAGACCCUGGAGCUCUGGAACAACUGUCCAAAAACAUCAGUCGAGUGGGACUUACCAACCUCACACUGAACUACCUCAGAUUGUGUGUGAUUCUAGAGCCCAUGCAGGAGCUCAUGUCUAGGCAUAAGACAUAUGGACUGAGUCCCAGAGACUGCCAAUAUAUAGAUAGACAGACAGACAGACACACACACACACCAGUUGGACCCCCGCCCAACUUCAAGACAGAAAUAUUUCCCUCUAAUUCCAAAAAAUCAGAGCCAGCUAAACCAGCAACAAAGAGACGAAGGAAAAGGAACUCAGCUGGUACCAAUAGCAGCACAGGAAACAGCAAGAAGCGCAGCCCAGCCAAUAACUUCAGCCUUCCCUCACAGGAUGUGAUGGUGGUAGGAGAGCCCUCUCUAAUGGGAGGGGAGUUGGGUGACGUGGACGAGCGUUUGAUCACACGCCUAGAGAACGAACAAUACGACCCCGUCAACGGUCUCCAUGAUGACGGUCUCCAUGACUACACCGACUCACCGACACUUGGAAAUGGCAGCUCCUGGAACGGCCAGCACCCUAGCAACCAGGACAGUAAGCCUGAUACCAUGGCAAUGCAGCAGUUGGAGUAAUGUUAUCUGACAGUGGGUAGCUAUGGCAACGGUGCUGUCAAGGGAUGGGGGUAUUUUCAUCUAUAGAGGAGAAAUUGCUGGAGAGAGGUGUGUGUGCAUGCUUGCGUUUAUGUUGGUGUGACACGGUAUUCCAUACUUGAGACAUACAGCUUCAACCAUUUAGUUUAAGUAUUCCAAAAAAAGAAAAAAGAAAAAAACAACAACUGCAAGCCUUGUAAAUAUACAGAUCUAUCAGUUCAUUUCAUAUCAGCAUUUUUCAGCCUUUUUUAAAGCUCAGUGAAUGUCUCGGCUUUAAUCUGUACCGUACUGUUUGGUUUCGCUACAACAACUUAAUGAAAAAAGUCCCAUUGUGAGCAUAAAUGCAGAUAUCUUUAUUGUUCUAAAGUUUAAUGCAUAUUGUAAAACACAUGCAGAUCUGUGCUGUUAGUUGUGUAUUUUAUGUAUGGUUUUCAAUCAUUUGCAUUAA